AUGAAUGAAAGUGUUGAAUUAUUUGAAAAUAACAAUAAACUUUUAAUUGAAGAAGAACAAAAAUAAUUAUUAUUACAUUAGAUUGCUGAAUUGAGAAUAAAUAAUCAACAAUUAAUUCAAGAAAUCAAAGAUCUAUAGACUACAGCCUUGGAACAUAAUGAACAUCUUCAAACUAAAAAUACAGAGAUAGCAGAAUUAAAAUUAAUUAUUCAUGAACAUAAAUAAUAAAUUAGAAAAGCAGAAGACAUUAUUUAACAACUAAAAUAAUAAAUUUUAGAUUUUGAAUACAAUAUUUUUGAGAAAGAUGAAACCAUGUAAAAAUCUUUAUGUAUUUUAAGAGUUGAAUUAGCAGAAAAUAUUAAAAAAUUUGAACUCAAAAAACAACAAUUAGAAUUAUAACUCAAAGAAAGUAGAAAUCAUGUUGCUGUCUAAAAGUAUUUUAUGGUUCUCUACCUUAUCUAGAUAAUAAAUUAAUACUUUAUUAUUAAAUUGUAUUUCAACUAAUCUUGAAGAUAUUAAAACACAAAUUGAAAAUGAAUAAAAUAAACACUUAUAAUCAGAAAUGUAAUCUAUCUAAUUUAAUUAGUUAACUCUUAUAAGAGAGCUAUGAUUAAUUACUUUUAGAAUAAGAACAAUCAGAAUUAAAAGAUAAUUAAAAAAUACAAUAAAUUAAAACGGAUGCUCUACAAUAUCAAUAAAAUCUUGUUCAAAUAUAAUUAUUAAAAGAAUCUUUAAAUUAAAAUGCCCAAGAUAUGUUAUAUCAAGAUGAAUUGAUUUAAAAAAAUCAAAUCACUAUCUCAAAUUUAGAGGAAACAAUUUCAAAACUAAAUGAAAAAUAUACACAAUUAUAAAAAAAGUUCUAUAAAUCCUAGUAUUACAUUAUUUUUUUAUCUUAGAUUAGUUGUUAAUGAAAUGAAACAUAAAAUACAAGACUUAAUGUUAUUAUAAUAAAAUGAUAAAACAAUCAUACUUUAAUAAUAGAAUUAAAUUAAUUAAACUAAGAAAGACUUGGGAAAAUUUCGAUAUUAAAGAGACAGUUUAAUAGAAGUCUAAUCUAAAUUAUUGAAAUCUCAAUAUUUGGAAGAAGAGAUCCCAAUUAAGUAAUUUGUUAUUUAUAUUUUAAGAAAAUAAUUAGAUGUAAAAUAAAAUGAAAUAUAAUAAUUACAUAAUGAUUUGAAUCUAAAAAAAGAUGAAUUGGUUUAAGAAUAAUAACUUCAUUAUAAAUCUCAAUAGUAGAUUUUAGAAUUGAAAACAUAGUAAUCUAACCUUGAGUAAAAAUAAAAUUAAGUAUAAGAAGAAUUGUAAUAACUUAAUCUAAUAAUUAAAUAAAAAUAAAAUUAGAUUUUAGAUUAAAUUCAAUAAAUUUAAGAUUUGAAAAGUGAAAAUUAAGAAUUACGUUUAAAAAUGUCAUAAUUUGAUGAAGAAACAACAGUAAUAAUCAAAAAGUUUAAGUAAAAAAAACAUUAAUAAUUAAAAGUUAAGAAAUUCAGAUUUUGAAACAUAGUUAUGAAUCAUAUGAGUAAUCUUAUGAAUAAUUGGAAACAAUCAAUUAAACGUUAAAUGAUAAAUUAAAUAUAUAAAAUGAAUUUCUACAAAAAAAUUAACAAUUAAGGUAUUAUGCAUAAAAUAUAAUUUUUAGAUAGGAAAACAAUUAAUAAUAAAUAAUUAUUUAAGAGUUAUAAUGUUAAUUAUCAUAAUAGAGCUAAACUUAAAUGCAAAAUUAGUUUUAAUAAACAAUUUUGAUAACCAAAACAAUUUCUAUUCAGACUGAUUUAAUUAUUGAGAGAUAGGUUAUUUAGAAUGAUGAAGAUAAAUUAAGAGAUGUAGAGAAUACUAUUAAUUUUAUUAUCAAUAAUUUGGAUACAAUGAAAGAAAAAAUAAAUUUGAAUCAAUCCAAUAUAAAUGAAUUAUUGAGUUUUAAAUAAAUGAUUUCAAAUUUAAUUUUGAAAUAAUAAUAGGGAAGUUAAGAUAAUGAAUAGUGUUAGGAAUCAACUUAAAUUCACACUCCUAGAUCUUAAGAGUUAAAAAAGGAAAAUAAAGAAAUUGAAUAUCUUACUUAAUAAAUUUAAACAUUAGAACUAUAAUAAAUAGAGAAGAUUUCUAAAAUUAAUGAACUAUAAUUGUAAUUAUAAAAAUAAGAAUAAUAAAUAGAAAAUUUAAAAUUUAAAGAAACAGAAAAGAAUCUUUUAGAUAUUAUUGUUACGGAUAGACACUAAUAAUGUUAAUGUAAGUUAUAAUAGGAAUUUAAUAAAUAUAAAUUCGAUAUUUAAAGUUAUGAUUAGAUUAAGUAAUUAGAGAGUUUAAAUUUAGAAAUGAAGAUUAAGGUACAUUUAUAAUAUUUUCUUGAUAGCUUGAGGCAUUAUAGGAUAUAGCCAAAGAAAACUUACGUUUAAGAAAGAAGAUUGCAACAAUGGAGAAUUAAGAUAUGAAAUAAAGUUAAACAUCUCCUUAAAAAUUGUUGAGUAAUAAAAUUACUUUAAAAACUUUUUAAACUAAUUCAACUUAAAAAUCUAUUGAUAAAAAAAGAAGCAAUAUUAUUGAUUAAUGUUAUCAUUCUAAUCAAAAAAGUUUAAAUUAGUAAUUAAUUGAAUCAGAUACUAUAUAAUCAAGAAGAAAUUUUGAAAUAUUAAAAAAAUAUAUAGAGGAAUAAAAGAUUAAGUUAUAACAGAGAGAGGAUUUAAUGAAAUAAAGUAUUGUUCUUUUAAAUAAUUUGUCGAAUGAUUUAAAAAAAAAAUUAAAUUUAAUUAAUAGCGAAGAACAAACAAAAAAAAAAUAAGUUAUAACAUUUAUUGAAAAAGCAUAGUUUUAAGUCGAUUUUAUAAUGAAAAGACUAUUAUAAUAUAGAAAUACUGAUCAUAUUUCUCCAAAUAGAUUAGGAACAGACUGA